UAUACCACUAAAACAUUAAAACGAAGCACAAAAAACUGGCACGUCUGGGAUUCCGUACUUUUUCAGCUUGUUUUUCUUUUAUCGGUGGUUCUCGUAAACCAUAUUCCCUGCAGCACUUGAACGCCGCAUCAGUUGAUGAAAUAAAACGCAGUUUUUCUUGCACUUUUCAGACAAGUUUGGCUCCGCAGUCAGCUCACACGCAGUCUCCAGCCAGACCCGGGCAGCUCCGUCAGGUAGUUGGAUUCCUGGUCGUGCGUAUGUUUGCGUUUGGCGCACAGCGCGCCGCGCUGCAGAGAUUAUUGGGAUUUUCGCUAUAAAUAAGGCCUCAGACGGAACCGCUCGGCCUGUCAACCCACUGCUGCUGCUGCUUUCGGACGACUAGAAGUAUACUGAGGAUUAAAAACAGGAACAAUAAGACAUGAGCCCACUCUGACGGAUGGGUCUCCACUCUUCAGCCGGGACACUCGCCAGGAGAAGGUUCCCGCAGAUCUCCGCGGAUCGCCCUGAAGCGCGCAGAGGGGGUUCUGGACGGGACGCGCUGAUGUUUGUGGAGACUUUUUAACUGAUCCGAUUCCGACCCGACCGGUGCUGCAGCCGCUUGCAGCUGGAUUUAUGCACCCGUGAAAAGCUGCCCGUGUUCCAGACUCCCGCAGCAGCUCCAGCCGAGAGACGCGUCUCCUCCGCCGGGUUGUUUUGGUCUCCGCAGGAAGGGGGGAGAAGGCGAAGCGUCUUUGGGGGCGCGAUUUUCUCCUGUGGUGUCCGUGUGGAGCGUGCCACACACCCACUCCACAACAACGACGGCUUUUGCUUGCAUCUUCCAGUGUUUCUUCUGUCAGCAAGUCCAGCAGAGCUGCAACUCUUCCAGUGCCAGCCCUGACACCAGCGAGGAGCCCUGCCCCACUGACAUGGUAAAGAUGACCAAGUCGAAGACCUUCCAGGCCUACCUGCCGUCCUGCCACCGCACAUACAGCUGCAUCCACUGCCGAGCACAUCUGGCCAACCACGACGAGCUCAUCUCAAAGUCAUUUCAAGGAAGUCAAGGAAGAGCCUAUCUGUUUAAUUCAGUGGUGAAUGUGGGCUGCGGGCCGGCUGAGGAGCGGGUUCUCCUCACGGGUUUACACGCUGUGGCUGAUAUCUACUGUGAAAACUGUAAAACCACCCUGGGCUGGAAAUACGAACAUGCGUUUGAGAGCAGUCAAAAGUACAAAGAGGGAAAGUUCAUCAUCGAGCUGGCUCACAUGAUCAAGGACAACGGAUGGGAGUGACGGCGAGGCCACGUCCCGUCUCUUUAAAUCCGUUUUCCUGACCUUAGAAUGCUCUUUAUUGAACUGAGUGGAGCGACAACCAUUGACCACCCCCCCCCCCCCCCCCCAUUCGCACCGUUUCCCCUUUAAGAGAAAACACCUCCACUCACCGGCCUCCGUCACGUGCACACGCCCACCUGCUCAUCGUGAAAACGGACAAAACGAAUGCUUUAGGAAGUGGACUUAAAACCCCCACACCACCUUGAAGAUUGUGUGCUCUGCUGAGCGUCUGGGUCCCCCCCCCCUCCUCACCCCCCCCCCCC